CCGAGAACGCUGCGGAAACGCGCGUCCGUCAUCGCGUCCGCGAUGCGCGCUUCUGCACGAGACGCCUCCGUCCAUCGGCGAACGACACGAGUGUGCGUUAACACGUCUGGAUAGACGAAGCGUGUGUGUGUGUGUAUGUGUGAACGGUGGAGGAAAAACGCUAGCGUGCGCGAGCUUGAAUUCACGGAUCUAUUAUUGGUAGUAUGUGAUCGCGCUCGAUAUCAAUCCUCGCGUCAUCACCUCGCUCUUAAUCCGGCGCGAGCAGAUAAGAGUCCGCCGGCAAAGCCAGUGUUUUAUCGCGGUGCUUCCCCCCACGACGCUUCGCCACGUGUUUCCCUCGCUCGAGCGGCCUUGGGCUCAUCUCUCGUCUCCGGAUUAUCCUCGGUUAUCCGCCGAUAUGGAGGGGCCCCGAGAUUGUGUUGGCGGGGCACAUCUCGCGGUCGCGUCGGGCGUUUUUGCGACCACCGGCAGUCUCUUGGGCAAGCUCGCCGGUGGCGCUGACGCAUCGUCGCUGCUGUCCUUGUUGCUCAAAGGAGCGCUUCUGGUUCUUAUGAUCACGUCCAACACCGUGGGAUGUACGUUUUUUGUCAAAGCACUUCACGGCAGCGGAUCCUCAUUGCCGGUGACGGUCGCCAGUGCAGCGACGAAUUAUGUUUGUUCGGCUCUCGUAGGUUUCGUCGUCUUUGGCGAAUCGACGUCGUUGGCUUGGUGGUGCGGCACUUCCUUGGUACUUCUCGGCUUGGUUCUGACCUGUUAUGUUCCCGACGAGAAGGGUACUUCCGCCGUUGAGAAGAAAUUGAAACAACAGUAAACCGGCGACGGGCACUUUCGCGCUAAAAGCCAAAGACGGGGACCAUAUAAGAUGAGACGACGCUGCUCACUCCCGCUUUCGUAUUGAUAUCGCAAAUAUUUAUCCUAUCCUCACAUCAACAUCACGGAUAAAAGCGAUUGACGGGAGACCGGAUAUCGUCGAUGAAUCUUGAUGUACAGAACCGAAGUAUUAAUAGCGAUUAAUUACUAAAAUGCAAGACGUAUUAUUUGUUAUUAGACAUAUGUAUCGGUGUAAUUGCACGCAUGUUGAAAAUUAUUAUAAAUAACGACCUAGCUUUCCCUUAUUCUUUACAUUUAUAGUGAAUCUUCUACGUAAGAGGAGAAUAAUUUUAGAGCGAUGUUCGUCGAUGUAAUCGUUCCCACAUAUAUUUUAAGAGAUGACGUAUAAUAUGCGCAUAUAUGACAUUAUAUUAUUAGCUUGAACAGUAUGACACACACACAUACACGGCGUCUAAUUUGCUGUGCGCGAUUUCGAGAGAGACAAAAAUAUAAAUAAUUUUUAUCUGAUCGUACAGAAAUAUAUUCCGCACUCUCCUUCCGUUUAAAGAAUCACUCGAGAGUGGAUUAAUUUGAAAUUCAGAUUUAAAGAACUUCAUAGUUGGAGGCGUACAUAUUUAUGUGGAAAACCAUAAGAAUGAAAAAUAAAAGUUAAUUAUUUUCCAAGAUAUGCGGGGAAAUAUAGUUUUAGGAAUGAAAACUGAUAUUAAAAAGACAGAAAUAAACUCGCACAAGCAAGGUUAUCCGCAUUUUUUAUAUAUAGUCAAGUAAAAUAUAAGAUGUGUACAUAUAUGUUUAUAUUAUUUGAAACUUGUACGUUUUUUUUCUUUUUCAAAGAAAGCUUGAUAAUCCAAUGUUAAUCGUAACCAUAAUAAAUAACCAUAAAAUUAACAUAGAUAAUUAAGCACUGCGACCAUUUCUUUUUACGUUAGCAAUCACGUAUAAUAUUUUUGUACUUCGGCCCGUAGAGAGAUCGGAUGAAUUUCAUGCUGGGAUAAGAGGAGAGAAGCGGAUCCCUAAAAAUCCAAGUCUUUCGAGUUGCGCUUGUUCUAGCAUGGCAAAGUGGGUCUUCGUACCUGUAGUAGCACCGAGUAAGGGCCUACGAUGAGGGCAAAGAGUAUAUUGCCGCUAGUGUCACUCGAAACACACUAACACGAUGCUAUCCUUCCUCAUUCAGUCGUCGAGUGGGUAACAUUUUACAGGAGCGCAUUGACGAGAUAAAAUUACCAUGGCGAGCAAAUUAUACGAUAUCGUUACCGUUGUGUGACCCACAUUGUAUUUGACAUAUGUUUGUAAGGUUAUCAUCCAUAUUUAUAUGGCACGUACUUUAUUUUAUACAAUACAUACGCGUACAGGUGUUAUCACCUGUGUAUUUCUGUACCAAAGGGAAUAUUUAAUUUCCCGUUUAUUAAAUAAAUAAUAAUAAUAAUUACGAGGCUUCGGGGAGUAUCCUCGUUAUUAUCGAAAGGAACGUACCAAACGCGUUGUAAAACGAGACGAAUAUAUUUCAUUCCAGCGAUUUUUAAAGGAGUGGAAGGCACACACAUGAAAUCGGUAAUGAAGACAUGGACCAUUUUCUUUCUCUCUCUCUCUCUCUCUCUCUUUCUCGCGGACGAUAUAAUGCCAUUGUCGAGAUAUCGACGUUUUAUUACCUCUGCGAUCCUCUUAUCUACCUGUUCAUGCGACUUUUCACGAGCCGUGUGGCCACGCUGCAGCGACGUGCGGGCGAGGCGAGUGAGAAAAGAGCGGGAAGAAGGCGCUCUGCUCGGCGGAUACGAGCGCCCAUUCAAGGAUGAUCGCGUGGUCUCGCAGCCUGUAGCCGAACGGCAUUCGCCGUUUAUGACA